AUGGCAGCGGGACCGCAUACUUUUGUCGUUGCGGAUGUCUUCACCUCGGAAAGAUAUCUCGGAACCCAGCUAGCGAUCGUAAGCGUGCGAAACAAUGCCCUUUCCCGGGCUCGAAAGCAGCGCAUUGCCUUAGAAUUCGGCUACGUGAACACUGUCUUCCUCCACGAUGCCCCCGAGCCUGGCCUAUCCCGGAAAGUGGAGAUAUUCAGCAAGACUGGAGAACGGAGCUUUUCCGGCCAGGCCGUCCUUGGGGCAGCCCACUACAUUUUCCAGAAGCUCGAGGGCGAGGACUCCAUCUCGAUCAACGACUGGUCCAACCCACCGGCAGCAGAAAUUCAACAGAAACGGCAAGCCCUAAAGUCAAUCAACCGCUGUACCCUCGAGACAAAGGGUGGUCUUAUCCAGGCCCACUAUGAUCCCGCUCGCCAGGUGGCCGCCAUCGAAAUCCCACAUAACAUCCACAUCCACGCCCGUGAAACUACAAAGGACGAGGUCCUCGCCGUCCAGCGUCAGCUACUCCCUCACCCGGAGGAAACGGACAAGAUGAGAGCCUCCUACCCCAUCUUCUCCAUUGCCCCAGGCAUGACCUUCACCCUUGUUGACUUCACCUCGUGCCCCUCGCUCUUCCCGCAGCUGGAACACGGCUACGCGCCUGAACCCACCUUAGAUGCUGGCUGGACGGUACGGGUAGGCGAAGACGCCCCCACACCCUUUUGUGGCUGCGUGUAUUUCCUCCAGCUGCAGACGGAUUUCACAGAGGAGCCAUAUAUUACGCGGCUACGGGUGCGGGUGAUUGCGGCAGGGCUGGAGGAGGCGGCGUCAGCAAGCGGCUGCUCUGCCCUGGCGGCGUACCUGGCGCUCCAAAAAGGAGGGGCGAAUUCAAGGCAUGCCUACGCCAUUGAGCAGGGGGUUGAUAUCGGGAGGGCGAGUCAGUUGUGCGUUGAGGUGAGGUUGAAUGAGACCGGGACCAGUGUGUCCCGGGUAUCACUCUCAGCUAAAACGACGUUUGUGAUGGAGGGGAGGUUGCUGUAG